GCAGACGGCCGGUUACUCUGUCUCUCUGGGGCUGGGUUUCUCUUUUACCCAAGAAGAGGGGAGAAAACAAUUCCAUCACGAUGAGACAAAGGCACCGAGUCAACACUUUAAAAAUAAUUAUUUAAAAAAAACUUUCGGAAUUCACCAUGGCCAUAAGGGAGCUCAAAGUUUGCCUCUUAGGGGACACUGGGGUUGGGAAAUCCAGCAUCGUUUGCCGAUUCGUUCAGGAUCAUUUCGAUCACAACAUAAGUCCCACAAUAGGAGCAUCAUUCCUAACCAAAACUGUGCCGUCUGGACAUGAACUUCACAAAUUUCUGAUCUGGGAUACAGCCGGUCAGGAGAGGUUUCACUCGUUAGCUCCUAUGUACUACAGAGGAUCGGCUGCUGCUGUCAUCGUCUACGACAUCACUAAACUGGACUCUUUCCAGACACUGAAGAAGUGGGUGAAGGAGCUGAAAGAACACGGACCCGAGGACAUCGUUGUCGCCAUAGCAGGGAACAAGAAUGAUUUAGGAGACAUCAGGGAAGUUCCCAUGAAGGAAGCUAAGGAAUUUGCCGAAUCAAUUGCAGCUAUUUUCAUCGAGACUAGUGCAAGAAAUGCGGUCAAUGUUGAGGAGCUCUUUCAGAAAAUCAGUAAACAGAUCCCGCCCCUGGAGAACCCCGAGGUGGACAGCAACGAUUCCUUUAAACUCACCCGGCAGCCCGCCGCGUCCUCCAGGAGAUGCUGCUAGUACCAACAGAAGCUGAUGAGAUUACUCACCUAGUACCUAGUCCACAAUGCACACAGUGUCUUACUGCUGGGAAAGACGAGACAAGACCGUGGACAGCCGGAGGUCAGCUUGUACCUGUGGUCAGCCACAAGAUGAAACAUUACUUUAAAACAUUACUUUAUCGGUCACAUUACUUUAUUUAUUUCAUUUGAUUUCAACUCUGAUGAGGUCUGGAAUCAGAGGGCCUUAAGUUUGUCCCCCUCAGGUGGUGUUUUGCCUGCAUUACAUAAAGAUUUCUACCCGCAUGGUGUAGUGCACGGAUCAUUAUUAAACCCGCAAAAAGAACAAGCGAUCGAGCUGAUGUCCUUUUUUCUGCAGAUUUUGGCUGUUUAUACAACAAAAUGUUCAUUUCAAUAGUCCUCUGCUCUGUAGGUUUGCAAGCACUGUGGCUCUCAAAUGGCACUCAUUAAAUGAGAGUUUUUCUAAAGUUCAACUUUUUUUUUUUUAUCAAGGCUUUACGUUUCUUCUCAUGGAGCUUUUGUUUAAAUGUCUGUAUUGAAUUAGAAUAUACUAACUUUGGUUUGUCGUGAUCAAACGUUGGACAAACAUUCCACGCGUUGUGUGUUUUCACACAUAUUGACUGUUGAGGGUUUAACUAUAAUGCUGCAGAAUGAACACCACAGAGGCCUAAUUUGUAAUUAAGGAAAGACACCCCCUGUUAAAACGCUGUGACCAAUACUAGAAUUGUUUACAUGGUGAUGUGUUAAAGUUUUAACCUACAUGCUGAAAUGUGUUGUCUUAAAUUUCACUACAGGGAAUUACCUUGUGCAAAGUAUAUUUCUUUUUCCCGUCAUGGGUUUACAUUUUUUUUGUGUUAAAAUUGUUUAACAGCCUAACAGCCUUUUGUAAAUGGUCAUGAAAUUUGAAUUAGAUACAUCAACAUUUCCUAUGUGACAGUAUUUAAGGUCAUCAUAACUCAUACUCAUAGCUUACUCAUCAUAGCUUAAAAAACAACAUAUUGCCAUCAUGUAUGACGGAAUAACAGAGUUUUUAACACGCAUUGUACAACUGUACGGUAUUGUACAAUAUGUACCAUUCUCUUUAAUGGGAAACAACACCAAACCCCUUUCGGAAAUCCAUCAAUUAGUGUGGCCUUGCUUUCACUUAAAUGUAAUGCAGUAAUUGGCUUCAAUGUAAAGUUGAAACAGACUUCAGACGUCAAUUUAGGAGCGGCUUUGUGGACCAGACGUACAGUCUUAUCACAUUUACCGACUGACUGAUAAGCGUUUCAUUAAAUCACGCUGCUGUUUCCCAUCAGUUAUUCAUGACAUUACCUCCAAACUACAGAUAAUUCCAUUUUUUUACAUACAUUUUAACAUUAUGCUGAGUUUUAAGCCGUGUAAUUGUCGUCCGACACGUGCAUUUUGUUUUUCUAAACAAAUGUAUGUUAAAAGGGGAUAUUCUUAGAGUAAUUCAUGAAUUACUAAACUAAAUCAGCACAGACUAAUUGUAUAAAAAGCGGUCAACAUUAUCUGCAGCCAUCCCUACAUUGUAUGUCUAAAUCAUGCUCCCCUGUAUUCUCUGUAAACCCAAUGAUCUUUUGCAUAUUAAUCAGUUUAAUAAAGUACAACGUUUGUUAAUGGAGACCAGAAUGAUGAAUGAGAGAAAAAGGGACUCUAAUAAAAUGUCACGAUAUGAA